GGGGAGCUGCUGCUUGUAAAUCUUGCUUGAUUAGCAGAUUUGUCAAUGACCAAUUUUAUGAAGAUAUGAGGGCAACUAUUAGUGCUAAAUCUUUUGUAAAAGAAUUACAGCAUAAAGAAGACCCAAACAUUGUUAUUGCUCUUGUAGGUAAUAAAAUAGAUUUAGUUCAACCUUACGAAGAUGAAGGGGAUAAAUGGUAUGAAUCUGGGAGACAAGUUUUAACAUUAGAGGUUAAAUCAUAUGCUCUCGAGGCAGAUUUGCUUUUUUUUAAAGCUAGUGCAAAGAAAGGAGAUAAUGUGCAUAAUAUUUUCACAGAGAUUGCUAAAAAGUAA